AUGUUUACUUUCACCCCGCUACUAGGCGCACAGUCAUCAUCAUCGAGAGCUUCACAGUCGAUUCUGGAGCUCGAUGGGGGUAUCAAGAUUCUGGUAGACGUUGGCUGGGAUGAUACCUUUGACACCCGCGAUUUGGCGGAGCUCGAAAAGCAUAUUCCGACCCUCUCACUCAUUCUCCUGACCCAUGCGACCCCGGCACAUAUCGGCGCUUUCGUGCACUGCUGCCAAACAUUCCCUCUUUUCACCAAAAUCCCCAUUUAUGCGACAAGCCCAGUAGUUGCUCUCGGUCGUACCAGCUUACAAGACCUGUACGCAUCCGCACCACUUGCUGCCACUUUCCUUCCAACGGCGUCGAUCUCCGAGCCCGGUGCAUCCUCGGCAGCAUCUGCGGUGGUCUCUGGAGAGGGUGAAGGGAACACUGAAACUACAGGCAGCACAGGACGAAUACUUCUUCAGCCGCCGACCGCUGAGGAAAUCGCCCGCUAUUUCUCUCUCAUUACCCCUUUGAAGUAUUCGCAACCACAUCAACCUCUCCCGUCGCCAUUCUCCCCGCCCCUGGAUGGGCUUACGCUUACUGCGUACAACGCCGGACAUACCGUUGGUGGAACAAUAUGGCACAUUCAGCAUGGCAUGGAGUCCAUUGUCUACGCAAUGGAUUGGAACCAGGCGCGCGAAGGCGUCGUGGCGGGUGCGGCGUGGUUCGGCGGUUCUGGAGCCAGUGGAACGGAGAUCAUUGAGCAAUUACGCAAGCCGACCGCCUUAAUUUGUAGUACCCAGGGUGGUGACAAGUUUGCUCUUUCUGGUGGUCGGAAGAAAAGAGAUGAUCUGCUUCUUAACAUGAUCCGGAGCAGUCUUGCAAAGGGCGGCACUGUCCUCAUUCCAACAGACACCAGUGCCCGAGUGCUCGAGCUUGCAUAUGCGCUGGAGCAUUCUUGGCGCGAUGCAGCGGCGAGUGAAAAUGAGGAUGUAUUGAAAGGCGCAGGUCUGUAUUUGGCUGGUCGCAAAGUCAAUACCACCAUGCGCUUGGCUCGAAGUAUGCUCGAGUGGAUGGAUGAGAGUAUUAUCCGGGAGUUCGAAGCCGCUGAAGGCGCAGACGCAGCUACUAGUCAGCGGACUGGUGGACAGAGUCAGGAGAAAAGCAGCAAAGGUGUCGGGCCGUUCAAUUUUAAGCACCUCAAGACUGUUGAGCGCAAGAAGAGUCUCGAGAAACUCCUGUCCGAGAAGGGACCCAAGGUCAUCCUUGCUUCUGACACCUCGUUAGCCUGGGGAUUCUCGAAGGAGUCUCUUCGUCGAGUUGCUGAGGACCCCGACAACUUGCUACUGUUGACAGAGUCAUACCGCAAAGUGGCGUACGAAGAGCAGUCAGGAUCUCCAUAUAGUAUUUCCCUCGGAAGUAUUAUGUGGCAAUGGUAUGAGGAAAGACGCGACGGCGUAGCCCUCGAGAAGACUUCCGAUGGCGAAUUGCUCGAGCAAGUUCAUAGCGGUGGGCGGGAGCUGGCCUGGACGGAGGUGCAGCGAGUACCUCUAGAUGCAACCGACCAAAUGCUUUAUCAGCAGUAUCUUGCCACUAAGCGCCAGCUGCAGGACACUGCUCAAGUUCGAGGCGGUCAGGAAACCCUCGAAAACGCAGCAGAUGCUUUGGAUGAUGGGUCUAGCUCGACUUCUUCAGAAGACUCGGAUUCAGAACAGCAAGGUCGUGUCCUCAAUUUUUCGACCUCACUCGCCCACUCUAACCGAAACAAGUUGGCAGUCAGUGACGAGGACCUGGGUAUCAACAUUCUUUUAAGGCGGAAGAAUGUCUAUGACUACGACGUACGUGGUAAAAAGGGGCGGGAGCGGAUGUUCCCAUAUGUGGCACCAAGGAAGAAGGGCGACGAGUAUGGAGAGUUCAUUCGUCCUGAGGAGUACCUACGUGCGGAGGAACGCGAGGAAAUAGACAUGCAGCAACGACGAUCGGACGCGCAAACGAAGCUUGGCCAGAAGCGGCGAUGGGACGAGACCACAGGGACUGCCGGGCGAAGGCUAUCCGGCGGUGCUACAAGUCGCAAGCGUCAACACUUGACCAAGGAUGGUCAACGGGUUGGAUCGGGUGCAGGCGAUGAUUUCAGUCUUGUAUCCGAUGGCGACAUUGGUGAUGAUGCAGUAUCGUCCGAAGAUGAAGCAGAUGCCCAGCCAUUUGAAGGUCCCUCCAAGGCUGUUUAUUGCAAAGAGACGAUCACAAUCAAUGCCAGAAUCGCCUUUGUUGAUUGCAUGGGUCUGCAUGACAAGCGUAGCUUGGAGAUGCUCAUUCCUCUCAUCCAGCCACAGAAACUGAUUCUUGUAGGUGGGAUCAGGGAAGAGACCGCAGCACUAGCGGCCGAAUGCAAGAAAUUAUUAGCGGCGAAGGCUGGUGUUGACGUCUCUGCUUCUACAGCAGAUGCAGCUGCCAUCAUCUUCACACCCAGCAAUGGCGAAGUCAUUGAUGCAAGUGUUGACACAAAUGCAUGGAUGGUCAAAUUGAGCAAUAACCUUGUCCGCCGCUUGAACUGGCAGCACGUCCGAAGCCUUGGUGUCGUUGCUUUGACUGCCCAGCUGCGGGGACCUGAACUUCUUACUGAAGACGGCGACCACGAUGCUGACCCAACCAAUAAGAAAAUGAAGGUGAUCGAAGAUGGAACAGCUGCUUCAACCGUCGGUCCGUCCACAGAUGUUGUCGCAAGGAUCGGUGAUAGGUCGAACGCGUUCCCGCUUCUUGACACCUUGCCAGCCAGCAUGGCUGCAGGCACCAGAUCCGUGGCUCGACCACUCCAUGUCGGCGAUUUACGUCUCGCUGAUCUUCGCAAGCUCAUGCAGGCCGCGGGCCACACCGCCGAGUUCCGAGGUGAAGGAACUCUUCUCAUUGACAAAUCCGUGGCUGUCCGCAAAUCGGGAACUGGCAGAAUUGAGAUUGAGGCUUCAGCUCAAUCUGCUGCCAACCAGGCCACCAUGGGUCGCGGCGCGAGUAGUUUCCUCGCCGUCAAGAGGAAAAUCUACGAAGGCCUAGCGGUUGUGGCGGGCAACUAA